CGCGACACUUGCCGCUCUUCCCCAGUCCGUUAACGCACCGGACUUCAACAUGCACACGCUUUUGAUAAUCACUUUAACACUGAGCGUGGCCCAUGCGGAUAUCGGUUUAAAGCUUCGCCAGCAACAGCAACAGCAAGGGUAUAACUACCAAGUACCACAAACAUCUUACGGAGUACCCUCCUACCAAGUUGGCAGUAAUGCUGGGGAUUAUAAUUCUGGAUACGCAGGAACUGGCCUAAAUGCCUUCAAUUAUGUUCAGGGUUCAAACCAAGGUCCUGGUUUUGGUCAGAAUACUGGAUUUCAGUCAACAAAGGGAGUCACAGGUGGUCAAUACUAUCCGUUCUCCGUCUCACAAUCUAACUUCCAGGUGUCGGGCGGCACUCAAGGUGCAUCGCAAUCUUAUAACCAGUUGCAAACUUCAAAUAAAUAUCAGUCAUCGGCCGUUCAAAAAUAUCAGGAACAUUAUAACCAAGUACAGCAACCACCUCCACAGAUUUUCAAACAUUUUUACAUCCACGCUGCUCCAGAAGAGCCAGAAGUGGCAAGACCCCGACAACCUAUAACAUUACCACCUCCCCAAAAGCACUACAAAAUCAUUUUCAUUAAAACACCAAGUCAACCAGCGUACGUUCCUCAACAAAUCCCACUUCCUCCACAAAACGAAGAAAAAACAAUUGUUUACGUUCUUGUUGAGAAACCAGAGGAGCAACAAGAUAUUAUAAUUCCAAAAGCAGAACCUAAACCUCCGUCUAAACCCGAGGUAUUCUUCAUAAAAUAUAAGAGCAAAGAGGAUUCUCAAGCUGUGAUCAACAAUAUUGUUACUGAUUACAACAAUAAAGGCGACUCCGUGAGUGUCGGCGACUUUGUAUCUAAUAGUGCUGGUGUUACUGGGGGCUCUAGUCAGUAUACACAAGCUUCUGGAGCUGGCCAAUACACACAGGCAGGCGGUUCUAGUGACUCCGGAUUCUCUCAACCUGGAACAACUGGACAAUAUAGCCAGCCCGCGGGUGGUUCUUUUGGCCAAUCUUAUAGCCAGUCAGUCGGAUCCUCAUCCUUUGGAAUAGGUAAAGCUGGUAGUCAGACUUUAAGCGUGGAAACAACGGAUUCUAACGUUGCAGUUGAAGACAGUGGCAUUUCAACCGGAUUAUCCUCGGCGGCUGUUAGUACCGCAUCUAACUUCGAUGGUGGCAAUCUUAUCUCUACUAGUCAGGGUGUACCCCACGAAACAUACGGAACUCCAACGUUCAGAGUGAAAGCUUAAUAGUACCUUUUUAUGAUAACACCUAUUUAUAAAAGAUAAAUCACAAUACCUACCUACUUCAAUAGAGUUCGUUUUACAAAUCAAUAUGAUUAAUUAUGAAAUAUAAAUUAACAUUACUAAAUUAGAACAUUUUUCAAUUUCCUUUUUGUACAUUAAUUACAUAAGUUAAAUGGUGUGCUUAUAAGUGUAACAAAAAUGAGGAAACACAUUUCAGCUGGUGCAUGGUGAUCGUAUAUAUUUGUGUAUCAUCCAUCAUACAUUAUGUAGGUAUGUACAUAUUAAGUGACGGAACGAACAAGUAUUUCGCCUGGUGGUAAACGAUAUGCCAAUUAAUAACAGUAGCAGUGCUACUCAGACUUAAAAUCGCAAAGAUCUGAGGAGCGCUCACUCCCAGUGCACCCGUUACACUGAGACAUAAGUUG